GCUAAUGAUGAUUGAUAGAUAAUGAUUAUUACUUUGUGCUGCAUCAAAAUUUCACAAGUAGCUGUAAUAAUUCCAGCAGUAGUAAUAGUAGCAGUAGCAGCAGCAGCAGCAGCAGCAAUAGUAAUAGUAGUAGUAGUAGUAGUAGUAGUAGUAUUGAAAUAGAAUCCUAAUGUAUAGACCUUUUGCAUUGUUUUUGUUGUCCUUGGCUGGUGCUCCUCCCACAGAUAAUAAACCAUUAAAACUAAAAUUGAAAGUAAAAGGAGAAAUUUAUAUAUAUUCUUUUCAUAUUCAAAUUUGUGACGUGACAGGUGAGGGUGCGCUGCAGAGGGAACCAUGAAGUAUUCUACCUUUGAGGGGACGAGACAAGGAUCCUCAUCAGCUCAGUAGGAAGACAGUAAUGGGACAGUACGAAGACAGUAGUGAGCCAUUGAUACUAAGAACCAUUAGAUAAACCGCAAUGACAUAUACAGUAAUUAGACUAGUAAGAUUAUCUAUAAUACUUUUUUUUUCACUGACAUUUUUGUAAUUUUUUCAUAUGUGCAUUGUGCUUUGUUUAUUUUUGUAUGAUACAGUUAUGCAUCUUUUUUAUAUGUGGUUAUCAUUACUUACUUUAUUAUUCGUCACCAGCAUUACUUCUUUUUGUCUGUAUCACCACCACCACCACCACCACCACCAACACCACCACCAUCACCAACACCACCACCACCACCAUCUUCAGUACAGUUGACUACUCACUACCAACAAAAACUUUUCUCCAUAUCCCGCCAGACUGGACGGUGCUUUCAUUGAGGGCCGACGGUAGCAGAAGGAAGCAGACGAAGAGAUGAGGCAGCAGUAGGAGUAGCACUUUCCACAGCGGGAUAUGUAAAGGGUGAAGGAAUGGAAUGGAGAAGAUUGGGCAAGUGUCAAGAACCUCAACAGCUGCUUCGCCAAGACUUGGCAGUGCUCGCAGCACACCCCGCUUGAGAACUCCUUCCUCCAUGCCUGGUCCCACCUCCUCCUCAAGGCCCAGAGGUCUGCCUUCUCGGGUAACUGGCACUCCCACAACUCCUUCCUUGGGCUCAAAGAUGACUUCCAAUGGCACACCAAGUGUCACUGGUGGGUCUGGGGUUAAAAGGUUGCAGAAGGAAUCUGACUCUGGUCGAGCUAAGCUUCCAGUGCAGCGAUCCAGGAGCACACAUGAGCUUGUAGUUGAAGGAAAAGAAGAUAUGAGAGAAAGAAAUAACUUGGGCAUAAUCUUGAAUUCUAAUGUCAACAAUAUUUCUACCCCUACAAGAAAGUCUGGAGUUAACAUGAAAGGAUACUCAUGUGGCUCCAAGCCAACAACACCUUCCAGGUCUUCUUCAGGCAGGCCCUCUCUCUCCUCCAAGCGUUCCCUUGGAGGCAACACUCCGACACCCACUGUCUCCCGUCGCUCAGGAGGAUCAAAGUUGCGUGUCUCUGGCCAUGCUCAGUUUCUGCAAGAUGGUUGUCCAAGUGUAACACCAGAUGUCUGCCGCAAGUCAUGGAGUAACACUUGCAGCCCUGAUGUAGAUGUGCGUGAUGGGAGGGCAGAAACCACUUCUGUAUCUGUUGCUGUGCGAGUGCGACCAUUUAAUGCAAGGGAAAAGGAUUUUGGUGAGGACAGAAGCAUACUUGAGGUGUUGGGCAACACUGUUAAGAUCACACAGGACAGUAACACAGCACAGUCUUUCACCUUUGAUCAUUGCUUCUGGUCAUGUGAUGAGAAUCACCCACAGUAUGCCUCUCAGGAACAUGUUUAUAAUGCAAUUGCUGUGCCCUUACUGGAGAAAGCUUAUGAAGGCUACAACACUUGCCUCUUUGCAUAUGGACAGACUGGUUCUGGUAAAAGCUACACAAUGUUGGGGGAAAACUGUCUACGAGAGAUUGAUUCAACAGCAUCUGUCACAGCUGGUGUAAUUCCUCGCUUCUGUGCUGACUUCAUACAGAAAGCUAACUCUAUACAUGCUCAUAAUCCUCCUGAAGGGCAGCUGCCACACACUCAAGUUGAAGUAGAACUAAGUUACUUGGAAAUAUAUAAUGAACAAAUAUACGAUCUCCUUGGAGGGAUGUCCUCAUCUGGCAGCAGAGAACCCUUACGAGUCAGGGAGGACCCCCGCACUGGCCCUUAUGUGGAGGGUAUUGCUUGUCAUGCUGUCUCUUCUAUGGAACAUUUAAUGACAUGGCUGAUGCUGGGCAACAGAGAACGUUCUAUAGCUGCCACUGGCCUAAAUGACAAGUCUUCACGGUCACAUGCUGUCUUCACACUCAAGCUGACCCAAACACAGACAGAGGAUGUUGAGGGAGAAGAACUGGAAAGCAGCAAAGUGAGCAUUCUUAAUCUGGUGGACUUGGCUGGCAGUGAAAGAGUUGGAGCAUCUCUCUCACAUGGAGACAGACUCAAGGAGGGAGUGUUUAUAAACAAAUCUCUGCUAACUCUUGGGAAAGUGAUCAAUUCCCUCGCAGAGAGUGAGGGGCGCAAGAGGCCUUUCAUUCCCUACAGAGAGUCAGUCCUCACAUUCCUCUUGAAGGAAUCUCUUGGAGGGAACUCCAGAACAGCCAUGAUUGCAACAGUAUCUCCGUCAGCAGUCAACAUUGAAGAAACUCGCUCAACCCUCCGCUAUGCACAGCAGACACGCAGAAUUAUUAACCAUAAUUAUGUUAAUGAAGAUCCCACUGCUGUCAUUAUAAGAUCUCUCAAGAAGGAAGUAGAACGUCUUCGCCUUCAGCAGUUGGCUAAAGUGUCUCCCUUGUUACUUAUGGGAGAGGAUGAGUUAGUGGAAGAGCAGAACCACAACAGUGAAGAAGGUGAUAGAGACAAGAUCCUUAUGGAAAAAGAAAGGCACAUUUUGGAGAGGGAGAAAGAGAUGAAUCAGCUGAUUGAAGCUAAAGAAAGAGAGAUAUUGCUGCUAAGAGAGCAAGUGAGGUGUCAUCAGGUUCUUAAUGAAAAAACCAAAAGCCUGGAGCAACGACUUAAAGAAACGGAGAUGCAGCAGCAGCAAGCUCUGGACACACUCCGUCAAAUGGGUGUUGCUGAGAAGAAUGAAGGGGGGCCUGUUUUGAUCAACCUUAAUGAGGAUCCUCAGCUGUCAGAGAAACUGUCUUAUAAGCUCAAGAUUGGCACAACUUGUAUUGGAAGUUCUGAUUGUGACUUGCUGUUACCUGGCCUUCACACAGACAAUGUGCACUGUUCCAUAUUCAAUGAUAAAGGCCGGCUGAAGUUAAUUCCACGGGCUGAUGCUGACACAUACAUCAAUGGGAAGCUAGCAGAAGGCCCAGUCACUCUUUCCCACAGUGAUCGCCUUAUAUUGGCUGGAAUAUACUUUUUCAAAGUCAGCAUCCCACACCAAGCAAAUAAGAAAACUGAAAAAUCAUUCAAUGUAGACUUCUACUUUACGAAGGAAGAACUUCUGAAGGAACAAGAAAAAAGGUUACAAAAAGAAGCAGAGGAAGCGGUGGCACUUAGUAAAGCUGAAAUGGAGCGGGAAUUAGAAUGGCACAAGCAGCAGCUGCUGUGUGAUGUGCAGGAUGCCCACACCCAAUUGGUUGAGAAGGAGAGACGAGUGUGUGAGCUACAAGGAGCUCAUUGGAAAUUGCAGCAGGAGAAACGUCUGCUGGAGGAGAAACUCAAUAAAGGUCAACAGCACAUUGAUCUUUCUCCUGAGUCUCUUGAUAAUCCUCAGUCUAACUUUUUGUAUGAGGUUGAAGCUGUUUUGAAUGAGUCUGUCAUGGAAGUGAAGAAAGAAUCAUCAAAUAUUCCUCCUAUGCUAAGUUUUAGAAUUAAGGAAGCCAAUCAAAUAUGUCGCAAGUUAAGGAAAGCCUAUGAAUUUAUGAUCCAAGAAGUAUUGAGUGAAUCAGGACUGGAAGUGGUGGUAGUAGUGAAGGACCUACACCACCAGAUGACAGCCACCCUCUCACCUGCUUCCUUCACUGACGUACUCCAGCUCCUGCGUACCAGUGCCAAGGAUGAAGAUACAGAUGUGUUUGAAAAUGGGUUACGUUGGGAGAAGGCUGAGGAUGUGACAUGUGUUCCAGGCUUCCUCAACAGACUUUUGGAAUGUUCAGCUAUCCAAAACUGCAAUCUCUCCAUCAAUUCCUCCUUCAACACUUCAUCAUCCUCCAUUUUCAGUUACUCAAAGACCAGGAAAAUGAAUAACUUCCGCCAUUUAUCUGAGAUGUCAAUUAGAGAGAUCCCUCAAAAUGAGUGUCGUGUGUCUGUUGGUGUAGCAGCAGCACUUCAUCAGGUCCUAGAGACCCUCCCUGCCAGUUAUCUUCAUACACCCAUCUUAUCAUCAGCCUUGAGUGCUCUUUGUUGUCUUUAUGAAGAUGCCGUGCACAUAAAAGAUCACACAACUGAACCUGGUCACACCCUCUCUGAAGAAGAACUGAGCAAGUCCCUCAUUCAGCUCUUCUAUCACAGCCAGUCAGUAAUCAGCAGUAUUGCAGCUGCAGGCAACUCUGAGGCUGUGAUCUUGGCCCAUGGAAAGGACCAGUUCCAGGAUGAUAUUCAAAAGAAUAUUAUGAAGCUUUCCAAUUGUACUUCCAGGCUGUUUCAGGGUGUGAAGACAGAAACAGAGAGUCUGGUGGAAGAAAGUAGUGCAACCCUCAUCAGGUUGGUGCACAAUUUGGUAGAGGAGGUGGCCAAGUUGUCCUUGCUCACGGCUCUCCCCAUGCCUGACACAUCAUUUUUCAAGCCAGGAGAAGUUAUAGGUGGAAAAUUCACUGGUGGCUUAAGGAUUGCCUUGGAGUGUUUGGUGAAGCAGUGUGGAGAGACAGCAAGCAAGGCUACCAUCAGGCUUGCAACAGACAUGUCACAGACCUCAGGUUCACUUUCAACUGCUGCAUUUUCAACCAUAGAUAAUAUUGCUGCAUUUCUCAAGAAAUAUGCUGCUCUGAAUACUACGCUGGAUUAUGAACCAAAGCUGUCUGUAGAGAACCAGAGACUCAAGCUUGUGCAGUGGAUUGAUUGUGUAGAAUCUGCAGCUGAAACUCUGACUCACUUGAAUAUUGCUCUCAUGGACAUUGUAAAUCAGACAAAGCUGUUUCAAGAAGGGAAAAUGCAAGGAAAUUUUCCUGCUUGUAUCAAAGAGGUGUUGAAGAGUCUGCAGAACUUGAUGGCUCUUGCUGGGCUUGGUCCUUCACUGAUGGGUAAAGGAGCCUGCCUGGCUUCAUAUUCAAGAAACAAACAACUCACGGAUGAACUUCGCAAUAAAGGCAGGCAUGCUAUUAAGGGAAUGGAAAAACUUGAAAUUUUAUGUGGAAGUCAGAAUAAUACUUUGGAAUCUAGCCAGCAAGAAACUCCCAUAAAAUACAAAGAGAAAGUUCUCACCCAGUGGCCAAAAAACAGUAAGGAGUUUCAGAUAUAUCUGCAGCACAACACACCACUUAAGAGUUCAUUUCAAUCCUCCUUUCAUAGAGAUGAAAAAGAGAAAAAAGUAAGAUUUAAUGUUAGUCAUGUGUCAUCUGUAUCUUUUAAUUCCCAAAGUAAUGGUCUGUGAAAGUAUACCCUUGAAGUCAUGCUGAGUAUGUAUUUUUAUUCUUUAAAAAGUAAAUUGUACAUUAUCCUUUAUUUAUUUUCUUAAAGUUAUAUUUUGAAUAAAAAUACAUAGCUUUUGAGCAGGCAAUACUUUCUUACCACAGCUCAACUCAUUUAUUUAUUCAUUCAUUGUAUAAAGCAUUUUUUUAAGGAACUACUGGUCAUCGUAGCUAUAAGCUUAAUAUUGGUUAGAGACAAUAGUGUAAAUUCAAACAUCAAAGUAUUAUUUAAAUUAUAGCAAUACUUUCUUUAGCUCUAUUCUCCUUAAUAGCUCAGCAUUGAUUUUGUAGCAAUUUGCCACUUAUCAUUGCCUGUUUGUUGCUUAAAUCAUAGAGUACUGCAAAACUAGAAUCUUUAGAAGAGAUUCAUGGUCUUCAGUCCUAGACAAUAAUUUUUUCAUAUAGUAUCUGGUCUCCUUUUAGAAGUGAUAUGCAUGCACAUGAUGUUCAACAUUUUUCUGUACUUAAUAUUAUGUACCUACUGUGGAAGCCUGGUUGUGUAGUGGAUAUUAUACUUGGUUUACAAGAGGUUUAAAAUUAAAAUAUUCAUUUGGA